AUGUUUGACUUUAUCAUUGUGAUCGGAAGUAUAAUUGAUGUAGUUACCACCAAUGUUCUGCCCAGUGCUUCAUCCUUUCGGACCGGAAGUUUCCGACUUUUCCGAGCUGCACGUCUUAUCAAACUACUGCGACAGGGUUAUACCAUCAGAUUACUCCUGUGGACAUUUCUACAGUCUUUUAAAGCCUUGCCUUAUGUGUGCCUUCUGAUUGCAAUGCUUUUUUUCAUUUAUGCCAUCAUCGGAAUGCAGGUUUUUGGGAAUAUUCGACUUGAUUCCAAGACUUCCAUCAACAGGCAUAACAAUUUCAGAUCAUUCUUUUACGCCGUUUUACUCCUAUUCAGGUGUGCCACAGGUGAAAGCUGGCAGCAGAUAAUGCUUUCAUGUCUAUCAGGCCGGCCAUGUGACCCAGAAUCCAAAAUGUUAGACAAUUCAUGCGGAUUGGACAUCGCUUAUAUUUAUUUUGUUACUUUCAUUUUCCUAUGCUCGUUUCUUAUGCUGAAUCUUUUUGUUGCCGUUAUAAUGGAUAAUUUUGACUAUUUAACAAGAGAUACUUCAAUUCUCGGUCCACAUCAUUUGGAUGAAUAUAGUAGAAAACUUAUCCGUAUGAACAUGCCUUUAAAAGAGGAUGGAACAGUACACUUUUCAACAACCCUAUUUGCUCUAGUCAGAGAAUCAUUGUCUAUCAAAAUGAGUACUGCCGAGGAAAUGGAUAAAAAAGACGAGGAAAUGAGAGAAGUUAUUAAACGAGUUUGGCCUGUACAAGGCAAAAAAAUAGUUGAUCUCUUAGUGCCUCCUAAUCAUGAAUUAAAUAACGGAAAACUAACUGUAGGAAAAGUCUAUGGUGGACUUUUAAUCGCUGAAAAUUGGAGAGCGUAUAAAGCCAGCCAAAACCAAAAUAAUAGUUUGAAAACACGGCAACCAUCAUUUUUCCAACGUAUUAUGGGAGUGAUGAGGACACCAUCAGCUCGUUCCAGUCAAAGCAUUGACUCAGAACAUUCAGACAAUGAAAUGGAUGGCGGUCACAGCAUUGACAAGAGUCAUGAUAAAUCUACCUGGCAGCGCUCAUUCAGUUUCCUACGGCGUGGCAGUAGCCGGCGUAAGAAAGAUAACACAGUACAAAAAAGUGAAACUGCUAGUUUACAGCAGGUAAAAUCCAAGCGACCCAAACAAGUUGAAGGCUAUGUUAAUCAGAGUUUCUCUGGUGUUGAUGAGUCAAAAUCACAAGGAAAACCUAAAGAAAAGAGCAUUGAGAUGAAGGAUGUUGGAAGACGCACCUCCAUCGGGAGUCAGGCCAGUGUUGAUAAUGCUCUACUGUCCCUAGCAGCAAAUCAAAUCACAGCGUCCAUGACUAAGCUCAACAAAGAUGAAAGCCCACUUGGGUCUCCAAUGGCAUCUCCGAGUAUGCAUCGACGCUCAGUUUCACCUCGCAGAGGACUAGAUGUGGGUUUUGCAUCUGCCGUCUCAAAUAUUGUUGAUCAAGCUCAUUCAAUCGCAGAACACGACAGGCACAGAAAGCACAGAGGAAAACCUGAUGACAGCCUUAGUGUUCCAACUUCCCCUCAAAUGCGUGGGAGAAGUCGCGGUCGUCACAGACCACCAUUGCAGCAACAAGGGCAGGUGAUAGGGUCUCCACUUCCUAGUCCUACAACCCGCAGGAAGGAGCCGAUGUUUUACAGACCACGGGAAAAUAUGCCCCGUGUUAUGCCAUCACCAACUGUCCCUCAGCCAUCAAAGAGUCCUGGUAGCAUUAAUUUCCCAAGACUGAAUGCAUCCCCAACUCAUAUACCAAGAACAGGACCCACUGUAGGACAAGCUCCUCCUUUGGGACGACUUGGUCGACCAGAGCCAUAUAGUCCAACAGAAAGAAAUAGUAUUAGUAAAUUAAGCCCUGAAAGGAGUCGAACAUUACCUGUUGGACAGAGGACUAGUAACAGAGACUUCUCAAGGGGAGUUGACCUUUACGUGUCACACAGAAGUAGAACGUUUGAUCCACGGAUUAAUGACAGAGGGCGAUAUUUUGAUGAUCCAUCAUUAGAUGUUCAUAUGUCUGACCGUCGUACUGAAACUUUACCUAAUGGAUUCAAGCCAAAGAAGCGUAAGCCUGAAAAUUUGGAUAUCCGUGGUGACAGUACAGGAGGCCCCGUGCGACAUGAAUCUGAUGAAGAUGAUGACUGGUGUUGA